AUGCUUUUAGCACGUCUUGCGACUAGAAAUUGCAGAAGGGCAUUCUCAGCAGAUCCAGGUAGCCAUUUUCUUGAAUAUGUGGACCUAAAAAGUCGAAAUGGAGAGGUUAACAAAGAGAAAUUCAGAAAUGAGGUAUGGAGGUUUCUAGAAACAUGUUUCUGACAUUAUGGUCAUGUAUUUUAAUUAAACAUUUGCGUGACAAGUUUAAUUUUAGGCUGUUCUUGUUUAUUUCUCCGCCGGAUGGUGUUCAACUUGCAAAGAACUGACCCCGAAGAUCAAGGUAAUCCUUGGUUAUUCAUUUGUUUAUUUUUUAGAAAUUCUAUGAAAACACCAAGGAUCAGGGCCUUGAUGUUGUGUGGGUAUCCAGAGACCGAUCUGCUGAUGACCAAAUCGAAUAUUAUGAACAACAACUCCCUCCAUGGCCUUAUGUCCCAUUCGGGACCAAAGACAUUAGGUAUGUGCUUGGACGGCAGUGUGUGACAUUAGUUAGUUUUUUCACUAAGGGUUUCUCAAUUUAGAGGCUUCUUGAAACUGUUCGAAAUCAAGACUAUACCAACGUUAAUGUUGGUGGAUAAAGAAGGGAAAGUAGUGGAUGAUGGAGCCAGGGUGAAGGUCGAAAAGAGCUACGAAAGCCCUGACGAAUCAUUAAAGGUCCUCAGCAAAUGGCGAAAGCAACUCGGGUUACAGUAA